CUUCGAUCAAGCAAGGCAGUACGCCCAUGUUCUCGGCAACUCGACUCAACCUCCCAGCGCUCAUGGCCAUGCUGUGCCAGACGCUUGCCAAGGUCUCUAUCGGGUGUCCAUCGCGCGCUCCAAGCAGCGGCCCCGGCGGACGUUGUCGUCGAGUACGUGCAGUCCGACGUGGUGAAGUUCAUGAUAGCGGUAACGCUCGAGUCGGUGCUCGAUCAAGGCGGUUCACUUCACGCCCGACGGACCGACAUGUACUCUGCGCUGGCCGCUGACAUGACCAAAACCGCGGACGACCUCGUGUCGCAAUUUCCCGUAGUGCAGUGUACACAUGUAUGGAUCAAGAAGGCUGCGUUCUGCACGUCGUUGACCAAGGACCAAGUCCACGGCAUCGCAGCGAUGGCGUCUGUCAAGAAGAUCGACAUGCCAUUCACCGUGCGCCUGCACUCGACGCUGGAUGGCGGCGUCGCAGUGCCCCAAUACAAGAACGCACAGGCGAAAAAUGUUGAAGCGGUUGGCAUGAACGUCUCCCACGACUGUACAACUGUGCAAUGGGGUGUAGACACCGUUGGCGCGCCAAACUUGUGGCGCCAUGGCAUCACAGGGCGCGGCGUUGUCGUGGGGUCCAUUGACACCGGCGCGAACGCCGAACACGACGCGAUCAAGCACAACUUUCGACGGCGCAAGGGGUGGUUCAACCCGUACGCGAAGGGCGGGUCGGACAACGAACUGCCCGUCGACUCGCACGUCCACGGGACCCACACGAUCGGGACGAUGGUCGGGGCCAACGGGAUCGGCGUCGCUCCCGACGCGGAAUGGAUUGCAUGCAUGGGCAUGAACAGCACUACGGGAAGCCAGCUCGCCCUCGUGCAAUGCGCGCAGUUUAUGAUGUGCCCGACGCGACGGGACGGCACGCACCCCGAGUGCAAACUCGGUGCGGAUGUUGUGAACAACAGCUGGGGCGACGACAGCAACGAGUACAACGGGUGGUUCGAAGACAUCGUGGCGAUUUGGCAGUUUGUUGGGAUCACGCCAGUCUUCUCGGCGGGGAACAGUGGCCCCAAAUGCGCCACCAUGGGCAACCCGUCGCGGUACCCAAACGUCGUGGCCGUCGGGUCGUACGAGAACGACCCAACUCAGCUCGUGUUCUUCAGUUCGAAAGGUCCAGCGUUCAAGGCGGCGGCGAUGACGAAUUCCUUGCCAUCAGCGGGAUGGCGCGGCAAGACAGAUGUCGUCGCCCCGGGCUUCUUCACCGUAUCGGCUCAUGCCAAGGACCCAGAGGGUUACAUAGCCCUUGCGGGAACGUCGAUGGCGUCGCCGCAUGUCGCGGGUGUCAUCGCGCUCUUGAAAGGCAAGCUAAAUGACCUGACGUACGAGGAGAUUUUCGGCCUCUUGACCACGACAGCUGAUCGCGACAUGCUUCAGCCAGAGCCGCAGGAAUGGAAGUUGAAAAACGGCACGGUGAUCGGUCAUGGGGCGGUCAACUGCGGCGACGCGCCGGACAAUGCAUGGCCAAAUCACCGGUACGGAUUUGGUCGCGUGAAUGCAGCCAACAUGGUCGACUCGGACGGGAACCUGAAGCUCAAUGAUGGCGGCAGGAGUCCGACCCCCGCACCGACGGUCACACAUGAACCUGCUCCCACCACCACACCGUCAAAAACUCGAGUGUGCACGGCGCCGGAAUUGAACGUCGACAUCCCUGGACAGGACAUCUACGGCGUCGAGGCGGCCGAUUCGGCCGACUGUUGCGGGCUUUGCCUGGAACUUGAGGCAUGUGUGGGGUACUCCCACCGCGAAGGCGUGUGUUUCCUCAAGGGAACAAUUGGCGAACGCAUGGCUAAGGACGGCGCGAUAUCGGCCCAAGCGGUUGAGUAAGCCUUCACCCCGGACAUGUCUCCUCUAGAGCGAGAUCUUCGUCUUUCCAAUCAAUCACAAGAUUGAAAUGUUCGCUUUACUCAACAUGCGGGUGCUCGUUGCUACA